AAUUCUGGAAUCAACUUGGAAAAAGAAAGAAAUAAUAUUAAUACAACCAUAAUCAUUUUAUUUGGUGUUUUUGAAGGCUUCUAAUGUUCUUUUGAACUGGACCUGGGGAGGACUGUAGAUAGUAGCAGAGGUUUUAUAUCUUCUUAAACGCUUUCUUCUUUGAUCGGAUCUCACUCCAGCAACGGGCAGUAUUUUUCUUUGACUUUUGGAGUUAUCUAAACCGUUUAGUUGUGGAUGACUGCUCCAUCCAGCAGGGAGACCAGGGCACCCAGCUGAGGGGAGAGUGCAGAAGGCUGGACAUACCUAGUGGUGCUGUGUGAGAGACGGGCCAUUAACCAGGAGGUGUAUGGCUCACAGCACAGAAGAACCAGGUAAGGAGCACAUGGGAUACCUGACAAAGCUCCUACUCCAUGAAAUCUUGAAAGGAGGACCAUGUCCAAGGGCAGCUUUAGGAACCUGCAACUGUGACAAGGAGGAUGAAAAGCAGGGCAUGGGGGUGUCAACCAGCUCGGGGGGGUAUUUGUAAAUGGCAGACCAUUACCUGAUGUGGUGAGGCAGAGGAUAGUGGAGCUGGCCCACCAAGGGGUGAGACCUUGUGACAUCUCUAGGCAGCUGAGGGUCAGCCAUGGCUGUGUCAGCAAGAUCCUGGGCAGAUACUAUGAGACCGGCAGCAUCAAACCAGGAGUAAUUGGUGGAUCAAAGCCUAAAGUAGCAACGCCGAAAGUAGUAGAUAAAAUCGCAGAAUACAAGAGGCAGAACCCAACCAUGUUUGCCUGGGAGAUCCGGGACAGGCUGCUAGCAGAAGGCAUCUGUGACAAUGACACUGUGCCCAGCGUCUCCUCCAUUAACAGAAUUAUCAGGACAAAAGUACAACAACCAUUUCACCCAACACCAGAUGGAUCUGGAACGCCAGUAAGCGCACCAGGGCAUACUAUCGUUCCCAGUACAGCAUCUCCUCCUGUCUCCAGCGCCUCCAAUGAUCCCGUAGGCUCUUAUUCCAUAAAUGGGAUCCUGGGUAUACCUCGUUCAAAUGGCGAAAAAAGGAAACGCGAUGAAGAUGGGUCUGAUGGUUCUGGUCCAAAUGGAGAUUCUCAGAGCAGCGUGGAGAGCUUACGGAAACAUCUACGUGCAGACAACUUCACCCAGCAACAGUUGGAAGCCUUAGAUCGGGUAUUUGAACGCCCAUCAUAUUCUGAUGUCUUUCAAGCUUCAGAACACAUUAAAUCAGAGCAGGCAAAUGAAUACUCCCUUCCAGCACUGACCCCUGGUCUGGAUGAAGUCAAAUCUAGUUUAACAGCCUCUGGCAAUGCAGACCUAGGAAACAAUGUGUCAGGACCUCAGUCGUAUCCAGUAGUAACUGAGAGUUUCUCCUCUCACCUCUAUGUAAAGCAAGAGCCUCAUGAAGCUUCCCUUACUCCUUUCACUCCCUCUACACUGGCCAGCACGGGGCUGGCUGAUCUUCAGCCUUUUCAGAUGGCCCUCACCGUUGAUGCGUCCACACCUACGUACAGCUCCUUCUCCCAUCAUGGCCCUCCCUACGGGCAGUUCGGCAGCCAGCCACUUAUAGCAGGUCGAGACAUGACAAGUACAACCUUGCCUGGCUAUCCUCCUCAUGUUCCCCCAACGGGACAAGGGAGCUACCCAACCUCAACACUGGCUGGAAUGGUACCUGGCACCAACGUUUCGGUCCACCAUUCGGUCCAACCUGUGGAGUGCUGCUCAUGUCUAUCCAGCUCUAAACCUUGUCUGUUUCACUGCAGGACUGGGAGUGGAAGUGAAUUUUCAGGAAAUCCCUACAGUCAUCCUCAGUACACGACAUACAAUGAAGCAUGGAGGUUUAGCAAUCCAGCAUUACUAAUGCCACAUCCAGGGGCUCCGCACCUCCCACUGCUGCCACUGCCUAUGACCGCCACUAGUUACCAUGGAAACCACAUGAAACUACAUGGCGAGAACUUAGGCCUCCAUAUUGUACCUGUGUGAACAUCAUCUUGGGAAGAAGACUGUCUCAUGCCAUGCCUCCUACAAUCACUUUCCUACAAGUACUGACUAUUAAUUUGCAAGGGGCUGAUCUUCUGUCUACUACCUUCCUCCAUGUUGUUAAUUUAUCCACAUACCUGACACUGGAACUCCUUUGUUGCAAGUGAAAGGCCCACAAAUUAAUUUAUACAAUGGACUUUGGGUCCUUAAGACAGCAACAUUUUAACCUACUAGCCAGUGUUACUAUGCUCACAUCAGCAAUGCAAAGCAUCAAGACAUUUUUGUAGAAUUCCAAAAACAAAUGUUAUUGGUAAAAAAAAAAAAAAAUAGAGGGAAACAAAUCAAGAUAAUCAAAAAAAAACAAGAGUCAAAUAUUUCUCAUCUAAAUGUGCUCCACUGGAAAGAUCUACUGAGGACAGAAGAGUUCUGACAGAAUCAUUAUGAAGCUUAUAGCAACUGGAGGACUAUAGGAAUUUAAAAAAAAUGUUUCAUUAGUGAUUUCUCUUGGGAGUUUCAGAACUAACCCUCUCUUUACCUUUCUGCCUUGGAUUGGAUGCCUAUCUCUCACACUCCAUUCAUUGUGUGUGGCAUGUCAUAAAACUCCACAUGGACAUCAUACCAGUGAACAAAAAAAGAAUGAAAAAAGUAAAAAAACAAACAAAAAAACAAUCAUCUCAGAGAAGAAGACUGGAGGACAUUUUAAAGUCUAAUGACUUAGAGAAAAAAUAUAUGAAUAUAUAAAUAUAUAUAUAAAAACACUGUUUUUAUGCUUUAUCAUGAAGGUCUGUACAAAUUACAAUAGACAAUUUUCUAUAAAAAAAACACAAAAACAAAAAAUGCUGAAAAUGGAAGAGAAUGUCAUAUUGGAGUAUGUAAAGAAGGCAGUUCUUGAAAUAUAAUUUCCUCUUUUUUGUUUUUUUGCACUAGUGUGUCGGGGUACGAUGUUAAGGGACCCUGUCAUGUCCCUUUAGCAUAAAAUCAUUGUGGAGAAAUAUAACAGGAAAAAAAUACAGGAUAUGGCUUUGUAAAUUCGACAUUUUUUUUAUUUAGAAUAAAAUGGCACUUACAACCCAAAUUCCAGGUUUACAUAACAGUUUGCAUUGCCAUUGAUUUUAAUCAUAAAAAGAUAAAGUUUAAAAAUUUGAUGUUAUAGGCACCUUUUGUUUUGCUGCCUAUACCCAUUACCCAAUGUGUCAGAACAACUGGCCUUGGCCUCCACCAUGUCCCAUAUUCCAUGUGUAUAAAAAGAUAUAUUAUACUAGUAUUUAAAUGAACAAUAAUAUUUUAAUCAACAGAAAAACAUGAUCAAACCAAGAAAGAAAGCCUGAUACACCUGUAACUCACUCAGUCAAAUGUGGCCCCAUGUGGUUUCAUCAUGAAUCUAGACUUGUUAGGCUCUUCUGCUUACAUGCAAAAUACCAUUAUGAUUAGUGUUGUCAUAGUCCUCUUUGAGAAGUGAAAGCAUGGUCAAAUUAAUGUUUGAAAUUAAGAAAGGUGCAUUUAUAAUAGUGAUUAUCUCAUAAUUUAUGGAAACAUACUUAAAGGUGCCUCUAAUGAAAUACAGAGUGACACUUUACAAGUAGUAUUAUCACCACACUUAGGCUAGGGCUACAUGGCGUUGUGACUCACAAGUUACUGGGACACAACAGUCGCAAGAAAUCCAAACCGCAUAGAUUUCUUGUGAUUAAAGUAUCAUAGGUGUAGCUACUUGUAGGCUGCAACAUCCCCAUUCACUUUCAGAAACUGCGAUGCAGGCAGUGCUAGACUAAGAUUUUUGGCUGUGCUAUGUGUCGUAAGCAAAGUCACCAUGUAGCCCUAGCCUUACGAUCCCAAAAAAGUCAAAACAACUGAUAAGUUUUAGCUUUGGUGCUAAUAUUGCUAUCGGUAAUGCAUGGACCAUAUUAAAGCUUAGCUGGCCUUCAACAGAGGGAUUGCUGUUUUCUUCUUGAUCAAAGACAAUAAAGGGCAGUUCAAUAAUAAUAUAAGGUACAUGGGCAUAUUUAAUCACAGUGAAUUUUAUUAUAAAUAUUACAAAUAUAUUAAAAAAGGACUUUAAAUGAUCAAUGGAGAGGUUUGGGUGCUUGGAUCCCUAACUUAUCCCAAGAACAAAGGGGCUGAAAUUAGGUGAGCACUUUGUUGCUUUGGCUUCUGUCUGUAGUGUUUAACAUUGCAGAAAGCAUACAGCCCAAGCCAAACUAAUCCCCAGUUCUCAGAGACGACGGGGACUAGUAGGAGGUGGGGGGUGUAGUGCUCAGUGAUUCUGCAACUUACUGUGAUUCUAGAAAACAGUUGACAUCUAAGCACCCAGACUUCUACUGAUCAGUAGUCCUAGUUGAUGGCCAUUCAAGAAUAACCCAGACCCCGACAUUUGGCAAACUUAUUUUCUUGGAAGCUAUUAACAAUUAAGAGCUAGUUGAUACUAUCAAUGUCCUGCAAGGCACCAAAAAAUAAUAAAAAAACAAUUUCCCUCCUACUAUCCUACAUUGCAAAGCCUUCCUCUACAAGACUAAGACAAAAGUUGAGCCUUAUGUCAAUUGGACAAUUAAACAUUUGAAGAGGGAAGAAUCUUUCAACCUUUCAAAUCCCUUUCCCUUGGUUACUUGAUCAUUGGAUAUAGGCGUAUCUGUACAUAUUAGUCUAGCAUAGAGGUAUGCUUACUUCCUCAGAGAACCAAGAUUUUUGAAGAAAUCUGUCUUCUAAAAAAAAAAUCUAAGAAGAACAGGACACAAGAGAAAACAGGUUUAUAUUUCAGAUAGAACAUGACAUUCAUUAAUUUAAGGAUAAGUAAAAUUGAGGAGGGUAAUAGAAAUAAGAACAUUUUCGAGAACUGCCCUUUAGUUUAUUUGACAAAAAGGUUUUACUUGGCCAAUUAUCUUUCAUCGAAGGUCCAUUUGAGGUGGUCUAUCUAUCUCUAGACAGCAAUGUUAGUUAAAUGCACAUUCUUCAUUGGUAAUUUCUAUAGGAAUCACAAAGCUGAAGAAGGAUGGAAGACAUGUUAACAUUAAUUUGAUCAUCAGUAUUAAUUGCAAAGAAGAAAUCAGAAAGUAGAAACAAAAAGAAAACACAUUUCUGAUUUAUGCAAAACAAAUCUUGAGAUAUCGCUAAAUUUAAUUGGAUUGUAUUGGCUCCAAAUUCUCAUUUGUUUGCUGGUCUGCAUUAAAAACUUAAUAAUUAUUGUUUUUACACUGAAAUGUUUAGAACAUUCCUGUAUCCCUGCCUAUGUUUAUUUAUAUUAAGCAUAUACAGUAUUAUGUAUGGAUUGUGUUGCUGACACUAGAUCUAUGUGGUACUAUUGUAUGGUAGAAUCCAGUUUAAACCAAGCGGACUCUAUGAAAACAAGGAAAACAUGGCAAUUAUUUAAAUUUAUUUUACAUCAAAACAGUUGCUGCUUUGUAGAAAGAUGAUGUGUGUAAAGUGAAGGAUAUUUUGUCUUUGUAUAUAAGUUCAUCCGCAUUUCAUUACACAUGCUAUAAAGUGAAGCUUUCAUCAUGUAGAUAACAACAAAAUGUCUGUAUGUUGCAAGUCUUCUUGUGCUCAUUGGAAAAAAAGGAAAAUUAUGUUUCAAAUAAAGCACAGCAUGAACAUUAGUGACUCGCUAAAGUCUGCGGGUUUUGCAAACAGCCUAAGACUUCAUUUUUGCCUCAUUUUUACACAACAGAAGCUUCUGAAAGAAUACUAUGCAAACACACUGUUCUGCAUGUUGCCCUGGCCAGUGCUUGUCAUUGCUUGCUCCCUUCCAUCGCUUACUUUAAAUCCUGGUUUCAAGUAUCGCACAUCCAUAAAUUUGCCUAUAUCUAAAACAAAAUGUGAUAUAUUGUGUCUGCCAGUCAUGAGUGGUCCACAAUGUCAGCAGUAAACCCACCUAACCUUCUCCAGAAGGCACCCAACAAGGUCUCUUUUGAUGUUGGUUAUGUGUUGAGCAAAUCGAGCUUUGGAUCAUAGAUCUGAAGUCGAUUUGUUCUGACACUUGGUUUAAAAAUCUUUAAAAAUAUUUCAAAUUUAGAAUCCGAUGUCGGGUUUGGUAGUGGCUGAUACCUCGGUACCAAACCCGACUACGGAUUGCUAAUUUGAAAUGUUUUUAAAGAUGUAGAAAUGAUUACCAAAUUCAUUGUCGCACAACUGCUGGUGAAACAAAUUUUGCCUCAACUGAGGCAAUACAUUUUAAUGCAGUAAGGAGGCUGGUCUCCAUACAGCAAUAAAACAAAAUGUUAGAACAAAUCGACAUUGGAUCUAUGACCCGAAGCUUGAUUCGCUCAACACUAUUGGUGAUACAGGGAACAAGGCCAAGAAUGACAUGUGCAUUUUAACUUGAUACUUUAUGACUUCUCCUAAGGCAGUAAAAACACAAAGUGGGCAUUCUUUAUUGCUCAAGCCUUUCUAAUGGCAAAAUAAAAGUUCAAAUUCUACAUAAAAUUUUUCUGAAUGACAUUGAGAUGCAUGGAUAUUUAGCAGAAACUAUCUGUUCGUGCUUCUUGACAGGUAGGAUAAUUUUUCCCAUAUAGUAGCAUUAUGGACUGACAGCAAGGGAGCAUCUAGUAGGGAGCAAAGCUUUACUGAUAAAAGAACACAAGUGCUAUUGGUUGUAAAGUCAGUUGGCAAAUCUGUAGACACUUUGAAAUGGAACUAAUGCAAUGAUGCAACUGCAGCAAGCAGCAUGCACAACAGUGUGCCUUCUUUGACUCGGGUACACGAGAUACGUCUCUGCUACAACAUUUGAUUGGACGUGUUUGACUAAAGCCAAUUGGCUUUGAUCAUCGCUUCAGUUGUUUAAC